AGUUUGUAGGGCACAGAGAGUAUUGGGGGGGGAAACGCUUGAAGGAGGAGGCGUCGCUUGUCAUCGUGGAUGCUAAAUUUCCAAUCCUUGGAUGGGACCUUCGUUGCAGUAUUUCCAGUCCCUCGUGCAGGGCAUGUCUCUCCAUUUAGAAGGGCCAAUAUAAAGACGCCUCAAAUGAGGAUUUGCUUGAGGGAGCAAGAGGGUGGUUAUAGAAAGUAGAAAUAGUCCUCCUUGUGAAAUAUUCACUGAAAUGUAAAAAGUGCCUUUUUUCGGCCCUGGGCACUAAUUUAAGCGAAAUACUUAAUCCAAUAGUGAUAAAUUUCCCAUUAAGUAAUUUGUUGAUAAAAACAGAACGACCUUCAGACUGAAAAUGAACUACUGUUAGGAGUAGUCGAGGAGAAAAUGGAAAGGAACGACUCUCAGCGUUGAGGCAGAGGGGAACUCUUGUGAUGGCGGGGAGGUAGAGGGCCAGGCGGGAGUAAAGAAAUCGGGGAUAUAUGUUUAUGGAGGAAGUACAGAUGCAAAAUAGCUAAUCGGUGGAUAUAACCAGUUAUAAUCAUUUUAUUACUUCCGACUGGAAGGCAUUAGAAUGUCGUUCUGUUCUUUAAAAAAAAUCAAAAAUAUAACCAAAAUAAUUAAACCAAGAUAAAACCAAAAGCCAUCUAUAUCAAAGUAUCAAAAAUAAGAAUUAUAUAGCACACCUGGAUGUAUAUCACAUAUGUAGUUAUUUCACAUAGGCUUCAAAAAUAGGCCUUCAAAAACUUUCAAAAAUGCCUAUGAAUUUUUAUAAUCAGGCAGGUUCAGGAUGAAAGAGUCAUCUUGUAAAUAAGUAAUGAGAAUAAGAAAACACUAUUGUUUCCAUUAUUUGCAAGCAUAUAUUUCAGUUUACCAAAAUCAGAUGGAAUUUUUAUAUCUUUAAUCUUGGAUAUCAGGAUAGUGUAUGAUCAACUUUUAUCUUAGAAUAUCAAAUAAUAAAUAGGAAAUAAAACCCUUAAAAGCAGGGCUAGUAAUUAUAUUUUGUUAAAAUAUUUGCAUAAUAUCUUCAUAUAUUUUAAUCUUUAGGUUCAUGACUUUAAAGUCAGUUGAAACGUGAUUGCUUUCCAAACUUAAGCAACUUUUGAGCUUUCAUUUACCACAUGUGAAAAUGGUUUUUAUAUUACAAAAUAUUGUCAUAGGUGAUUAGUGUAUGAUCAUGCUAAAGUAGCUGAUUUACAUUCUAUGGCAUCUGAAAAGCAAUUUGGCAAUUGUUAAUCUGUAGAUAUUGGUUUUUGCAAAAUACUGUUACUUCUUUGCAAAAUUCUUAACUUUUAGCAGAUAGGCUUCCAUAGUGUCUGAUGCAGAAUGUAUUUAUAGAACUUUUCCAACAGUGUUUUCAUGAUAGCCUUUCAGCUAUGUUUUAGAUUAUAUUUUGAUUCAGAAAUUGAAAAGUGAUGAAUAUAGACAUUUUUAUAUAGAGAUGUUCAACCUCCAUACAUUGUAAGAAAUGCACAAAACACAAGGUGUAUGCUAGAGCUGUAAAAGAUAUUAAUCUGAUCAGAUUUAUUGGACUGGAUGAUUGAUCAGAGUUCUGUUUGUGCAACCCAUGUAUUAAAGUAUUUGAAAACAGUUUGAUAUUUCAAAGGGUUACAGAGCACAGUGUGAACUGAUUUUGAAACCUAAAAAAUCUUAUGUUACAGAAAUGAAUGAAGAACACACAGAUGUAACAAAUGGAUGUAAUAAAGUUAGAUCUCGUACUCAGAAUGAAGCUGCUUUAUUGGCUCUUAUGGAGAAGACAGGCUAUAAUAUGGUUCAAGAAAAUGGACAACGAAAAUUUGGUGGACCUCCACCAGGUUGGGAAGGUCCGCCACCACCCCGAGGCUGUGAAGUUUUUGUGGGAAAAAUUCCUCGUGAUAUAUAUGAGGAUGAAUUAGUUCCUAUUUUUGAAAGAGCUGGGAAGAUUUAUGAAUUUAGAUUGAUGAUGGAAUUUAGUGGUGAGAAUCGUGGAUAUGCUUUUGUAAUGUAUACAACAAAAGAAGAAGCUCAGUUUGCCAUUAAGACCCUUAAUAAUUAUGAGAUUCGUCCUGGAAAGUUUAUUGGUGUUUGUAUAAGUUUGGAUAACUGCAGACUAUUCAUUGGAGCCAUUCCAAAGGAAAAGAAGAAAGAAGAAAUCUUGGAUGAAAUGAGAAAAGUCACUGAAGGUGUUGUAGAUGUUCUUGUGUAUCCAAGUGCAACGGACAAGACAAAAAAUCGUGGGUUUGCCUUUGUAGAAUAUGAAUCCCACAGAGCUGCAGCUAUGGCAAGGAGAAAAUUAAUUCCUGGAACUUUCCAGUUAUGGGGGCACACUAUUCAAGUAGAUUGGGCAGACCCAGAAAAAGAAGUAGAUGAAGAAACAAUGCAGAGAGUAAAAGUACUGUAUGUUAGAAACUUGAUGAUGUCAACCACAGAAGAAACAAUUAAGGCUGAGUUUAACAAAUUUAAACCUGGAGCUAUUGAACGGGUAAAGAAACUUCGAGAUUACGCUUUUGUUCAUUUUUUCAACCGAGAUGAUGCAGUUGCUUCUAUGUCAGUUAUGAACGGAAAAUGUAUUGAUGGUGCUAGCAUUGAGGUAACACUAGCCAAGCCAGUAAACAAAGAAAGCACUUGGAGACAACAUCUUAAUGGCCAAAUUAGCCCCAGUUCUGAAAAUCUUUUAGUCUUUACAAACAAAGAAGAUGGUCAUCAUAAAUCACUAACAAAACCAGCAAAUCUUCCAAUACGCCUUAAUGGGCAGAAUAGUCCAAGUCCUCCUGAAAUUGAAAGGUGUACUUACCCAUUUUUUCCAGGAACAAAACUUACUCCAAUUAGCAUGUACUCUUUAAAAUCUAGUCAUUUUAGUUCUGCUGUGAUGCAGUUAGAUUAUUAUUGCAACAAAAAUAACUGGGCACCUCCAGAAUAUUAUUUAUAUUCGACUACAAGUCAAGAUGGAAAAAUUUUGCUGGUACAUAAGAUUGUUAUUCCGGCAGUUGCAAAUGGAUCCCAGAGUUAUUUUAUGCCGGACAAACUCUGCACAACAGUAGAAGAUGCAAAAGAGCUAGCAGCACAUUUUGCACUCAUGCACUUGGAAUACAAUUUUUGUCGAAAUCCAGUAAAUAACAUUUCUCCUGUUAGUGCUACACUUUCUUCUGGAACAACCAGCGUAUUACCAUAUACAUCAAGACCAUAUUCUUAUCCAAGCUAUCCCUUAUCAUCAUCAAUUCCACUUGCUAAUAGCAACCAUGUUGGACAGCGUUUGUACAUCUCCAGUCAGGCCUCAUUCUUUUGAGGAAAAAAUAGCUGGAUGAAAAAAAUUACUUUUUUUAAAAAAAACCCUAUAAUGUAGUUUUAGUUUUAAUUGUGUUUAUACAAUUGCUUUUGCUUGGUUAUUUCAUAUUGCUUAUAAAAUAUAGAUAAGAAAACCCAUUUAAAUGUUUUUUUAAAAUAAUUUUUCUCAUUAAAUAGAAGCUUUAAAAUAUUUUAAAUGCAUGCAAUUGUUGUAAUCUUGUUACCAAGAAUCCAUUCUUUGGAGAUGAAAAGCAGUAUUUGGUGAAAAGCAAAGUAUUAUGUAAGAAGGAAAUGAUGCACAGUAUUUUUUUUUUAAAAAAACAGAAACCUUAACUCCGAACAUAUAAACAUUUGGGGUCCUUUAAAAUUACAUUGUAUAUUUUAGUUGCAUGAUAUUUGUUUUAUUAAUCCACUGUUUACAUUGUUAAAUUUUAUUUGUUGAAAAUAUUGUUCUAUUUCCACGUUGUAAUGCUUUUAACGUUCAUAUCAUGUGUUUAAUUCCCUACUUAAAUACAGUCACUUUGACAUUAAAAUCUUGCUGUAUUAAAAUAGUUUGGAUUCCUUUUUAAUAUUUAAAGUAAAUAUUGAUAAAUUUCAAAGUUCAUUUUAUUUCUCCUGUAGUAAUUAAGCAUGAGCAAACAAUACGCAAAUACAGAAAAUAGUAUGAAAUUUUCUUUAGUUUGCGGACCUAAAGCUAUUUGAACCCUCACCACAGGAUUAGGAUUUGUGUGUCUGUAUUAGUUGAUUCGCUAGUUGGUCAAAAGAGUAGUUCUGCCUCUGACCUUAGAGUAGCGAAGCUCUUGCUUCUAACAGAGAUAGAACUGUAAUAAAAUUGUAGAAUUAUAAUAAAAUUCAUUUUGCAAGCCA